AUGCGGCCUCGAGUCGCUUCAAGUAACCUCCAAGCAAAGAAGAACAGAUUAACCUUCUUCUUCUUCUUCUUCUUCUUCUUCUUCUUCUUCUUCUUCUUCUUCUUCUUCUUCUUCUUCUCCUAUUCCUCCGUUACUUUUUUAUCUGCUUACUUUCUCAUACUAUUUCCUCACUUUCUUCUUCUUCUUCUUCUUCUUCUUCUUCUUCUUCUUCUUCUUCUUCUUCUAUUCCUCCGUUACUUCUUUGUCUGCUUUUUCUCCCAUUAUUUCCUCUUUCUUCUUCUUCUUCUUCUUCUUCUUCUUCUUCUUCUUCUUCUUCUUCUUCUUCUUCUAGACAGGGUCCCGAAGCCUGUAGGGGAUCAUUCGCGACCUCAUAACGUAGCUGCCAUUCACUCCUCGGUACGAUUAACACAUUCAGUUAUGGAUUGUUGUUCGGAGUUUCCUUCUCCUGGAUGGGUUUUAUAUUCAUCUGCUCCUUCUUCUUCUUCUUCUUUAUCUUCUUCUUCUUCUUCUUCUUCUUCUUCUUCUUCAAUACCCAUUCAUUUCAUCUUUACUUGCUUCACUCUUCCUCUUCCCCUAUUUCUCCUGCUUUCCCCUAUGCUCCUUUAUCGUUUCUGUUUCCACCACCUCCUCCUCUUCUUCUUCUUCUUCUUCUUCUUCUUCUUCUUCUUCUUCUUCUCCUCCUCCUCCUCCUCCUUCUUCUUCUUCUUCUUCUUCUUCUUCUUCUUCUUCCUUCUUCUUCCAUUUCUAUUUCUUCUUCCUUUUUUCAUUCCCAUAUUUCGUUCCAAUCUUUUUAAUUUACCCAUUUUGCUCUCUUUCUUUCUUUUUCUCUUUUUCCUUUACGUCUACAUUUUUCUUUAUUUCUUUUUUUUUUCUUUCUUCUUAUACUUAAUCUUUUCGUCUUCAAUAUUUUUACUCUUAUUUCCUUUUCUUAUUUUACUCUCUUCAACUACUUAUUCCGUCAUUUUAUUUUUUUCUUCCUAUCUACAUAUAUACUACUACUUUUCUAUUUUAUUUCCCUCUUUUUCUUCUCGCUGCAUUUUCUCCUUCUCCUGCUCUUCUUCUUCUUUUCCUAUUAAUAUUACAACUAAUACUACUAAUACACUUCCGUCAUGUUUUCUUCAUUUUUUAUCAUCAUUUCCUUCGUCAUUUCCUUAUUGUUCACAUCUUUCUCGUUUCUUUAAUUAUUUUAACUUCCUCUUCGGUUUUUUCUUUACCUUCUUUUUACCUCCAACAAAUCUUCUUCUAUUUCUGUUCUUCUCCUGUUUUACUUCUUUAUCUGUUUGCUUUCUACUACUAUUUCCACACUUUCUUCCUCUUCUUCUUCUUCUUCUUCUUCUUCUUCUUCUUCUUUUUCUCCUCCUCCUAUUCCUCCGUUACUUCAUUAUCAGCUUUCUUUCUACUACUAUUUCCUCACUUUCUUCCUCUUCUUCUUCUUCUUCUUUUCCUCCUCCUCCUAUUCCUCCGUUACUUCUUUAUCUGCUUCCUUUCUCCUACUAUUUCCUCACUUUUCUCUUCUUCUUCUUCUUCUUCUUUUCCUCCUCCUCCCUAUUCCUCCGUUACUUCUUUAUCCAGCUUCCUUUCUUUUCCUAUUUCCUCCUUUUCCUCUUCUUCUUCUUCUUCUUCUUUUCCUCCUCCUCCUAUUCCUCCGUUAGUUCUUUAUCUGCUUCCUUUCUCCUACUAUUUCCUCACUUUUCUUCCUCUUCUUCUUCUUCUUCUUUUCCUCCUCCUCCUAUCCUCCGUUACUUCUUUAUCUGCUUCCUUUCUCUACUAUUUCCUCACUUUUUUACCUCUUCUUCUUCUUCUUCUUCUUUUCCUCCUCCUCCUAUUCCUCCGUUACUUCUUUAUCUUAACUUCUUUCUCUACUUUUCCUCACUUUCUCCUCUUCUUUCUUCUUCUUCUUUCCUCCUCCUCCCUAUUCCUCCCUUGAACUUCUUUAUGUACUUCAUUUCUCUCUACUUCUUCUCACUUUCUCCCUCUUCUUCUUCUUUUCUUUUCCUCCUCCUCCUUCCUCCGUUACUUCUUUGUCUUUUCCUUUCUCCCUAUUUCCUCCACUUUCUCCCUCUUCUUCUUCUUCUUCUUUUCCUCCUCCUCCCUAUUCCUCCGUUACUUCUUUAUCUUUCCUUUCUCCUACUAUUUCCUCUUUCUUCCUCUUCUUCUUCUCUUCUUUUCUCUUCCUCCCUAUUCCUCCCGUUACUUCUUUAUCUGCUUCCUUUCUCCCUAUUUCCUCCCUUUCUUCUUCUUCUUCUUCUUCUUUCCUCCUCCUCCCUAUUCUCCGUUACUUCUUUAUCUGCUUCCUUUCUCCUACUAUUUCCUCAUUUUCUUCCUCUUCUUCUUCUUCUUUUCCUCUUCCUCCUAUUCCUCCGUUACUUCUUUAUCUGCUUCCUUUCUCCUACUAUUUCCUCACUUUCUUCUUCUUCUUCUUCUUCUUUUCCUCCUCCUCCUAUUCCUCCGUUACUUCUUUAUCUGCUUCCCUUUCUCCUACCCCUUUCCUCACUUUCUUCUUCUUCUUCUUCUUUUCCUCCUCCUCCUAUUCUCCGUUACUUCUUUAUCUGCUUCCUUUCUCCUACUAUUUCCUUUCUUUUCUUCCUCUUCUUCUUUUCUUCUUUCCUCCUUCAUCCUAUUCCUCCGUUCCUUCUUUAUCUGCUUCCUUUCUCCUCCUAUUUCCUCCUUUCUUCCUCUUCUUCUCUUCUUUUCCUCUUCCUCCCUAUUCCUCCGCGUUUUUCUUUAUCUGCUUCAUUUCUCCUACCUAUUUCCUCUUUCUUCUCUUCUCUCUUCUUCUUCUUCUUCUUCUUCUUCUUUCCUCCGCCUCCUAUUCCUCCGUUACGUCUUUAUCUGAUUCCUUUCCCCGACUAUUUCCUCACUUUCUCCUUCUUCUUCUUCUUCUUCUUCUUCUUCUUCUUCUUCUUCUUUUCCUCCUCUUCCUAUUCCUCCGUUACUUCUUUACCUGCUUCAUUUCUCUUACUAUUUCCUCACUUUCUUCCUCUUCCCCUUCUUCUUCUUCUUCUUCUUCUUCUUUUCCUCCGCCUCCUAUUCCUCCGUUACUUCUUUAUCUGCUUCCUUUCUCCGACUAUUUCCUCACUUUCUUCCUCUUCUUCAUCUUCUUCUUCUUCUUCUUCUUCUUCUUCUUUUCCUCCUCCUCCCUAUUCUCUCCGUUACUUCUUUAUCUGCUUCUUUCUCCCUAAUAUUUCUUCCACUUUCUUCUCUUCUUCUCUUCUUCUUCUUCUUUUCCUCCUCCUCCCUAUUCCUCCGUUGCUUCUUUAUCUGCUUCCUUUCUCUGUCUUUCUUCACUUUCUUCCUCUUCUUCCUCUUCUUCUUCUUCUUUUCCUCCUCUCCUAUUCCUCCGUUACUUUCUUUAUCUGCUUCCUUUCUCCUACUAUUUCCCUCACUUUCUUCUCUUCUUCUUCUUCUUCUUCUUUUCCUCUCCUCCUCCCUAUUCCUCCGUUACUCUUUAUCGAUUCCUUUCUCCUUCUUCCUCCUCACUUCUUCUUCUUCUUCUUCUUCUUCUUCUUCUUCUUCUUAUUUUUUCCUCCUCCUCCCUAUUCUCCGUUACUUCUUUAUCUGCUUCCUUUCUCUACUAUUUCCUCCCUUUCUUCCUCUUCUUCUUCUUCUUCUUCUUCUUCUUCUUCUUAUUUUCCUCCUCCUCCUAUUCCUCCGUUACUUCUUUAUCUGCUUUCUCCUACUAUUUCCUCACUUUCUUCUUCUUCUUCUUCUUCUUCUUCUUCUUCUUCUUCUUUUUCCUCCUCCUCCUAUUCCUCCGUUACUUCUUUAUCUGCUUUCCUUUCUCCUACUAUUUCCCUUUUUCUUCCUCUUCUUCUUCUUCUUCUUCUUCUUCUUAUUGUUAUUUUUCUCCUCCUCCUAUUCCUCCGUUACUUCUUUAUCUGCUUCCUUUCUCCUACUAUUUCCUCACUUUCUUCCUCUUCUUCUUCUUCUUCUUCUUCUUCUUCUUAUUUUCCUCCUCCUCCUAUUCCUCCGUUACUUCUUUAUCUGCUUCCUUUCUCCUACUAUUUCCUCACUUUCUUCUUCUUCUUCUUCUUCUUCUUCUUCUUCUUCUUCUUAUUUUCCUCCUCCUCCUAUUCCUCCGUUACUUCUUUAUCUGCUUCCUUUCUCCUACUAUUUCCUCACUUUCUUCCUCUUCUUCUUCUUCUUCUUCUUCUUCUUCUUUAUUUUCCUCCUCCUAUUUCCUCGUUACUUCUUUAUCUGCCUUUCUCCUACUUUUCCCUUUCUUCCUCCUCUUCUUCUUCUUCUUUUUUCCUCCUCCUCCUAUUCCUCCGUUACUUCUUUAUCAUUUCCUUUCUCCUAUUUCCUCACUUUCUUCCACUUCUUCUUCUUCUUCUUCUUCUUCUUCUUCCUCCUCCUCCUAUUCCUCUUACUUCUUUAUCUCUUCCUUUCUCUCUAUUUCUCCUUCUUCCUCUUUUCUUCUUCUUCUUCUUCUUCUUCUUCUUCUUCUUCUUCUUUUCCUCCUCCUCCUAUUCCUCCGUUACUUCUUUAUCUGCUUCCUUUCUCCUACUAUUUCCUCACUUUCUUCCACUUCUUCUUCUUCUUCUUCUUCUUCUUCUUUUUUCCUCCUCCUCCUAUUCUCCGUUACUUCUUUAUCUGCUUCCUUUCUCCCUACUAUUUCUCACUUUUUCUCUUCUUCUUCUUCUUCUUCUUCUUCUUCUUUCCUCCUCCUCUAUUCCUCCGUUACUUCUUUAUCGAUUCCUUUUCCAUGUUUCCUCACUUUCUUCUUCUUCUUCUUCUUCUUCUUUCUCCUCUCUAUCCUCCGUUACUUCUUUACUCUGCCUUUCUCCUAUUUUCUCACUUUCUUCCACUUCUUCUUCUUCUUCUUCUUCUUCUUUUCCUCCUCCUAUUCUCCGUUACUUCUUUAUCGAUUCCUUUCUCUACUAUUUCCUCACUUUCUUCUUCUUCUUCUUCUUCUUCUUCUUCUUCUUCUUCUUCUUCUUCUUUUCCCUCCUCCUCCUAUUCUUACUUCUUUAUCUGCUUCCUUUCCUCCUAUUUCUCACUUUCUUUUACAUCUUCUUCUUCUUCUUCUUCUUCUUCUUCUUCUUCUUUUCUUUUCUUCCUCCUCCUGUUCCUCGUUACUUCUUUAUCUUUCCUUUCUCCUUUUUUUCCUCACUUUCUUCCACUUCUUCUUCUUCUUCUUCUUCUUCUUCUUCUUCUUAUUUUCCUCCUCCUCCUAUUCCUCCGUUACUUCUUUGUCUGCUUCCUUUCUCUCUACUAUUUCUCUUUCUUCUUCUUCUUCUUCUUCUUCUUCUUCUUCUUUUCCUCCUCCUCCUAUUCCUCCAUUUACUUCUUUAUCUGAUUCCUUUCUCCACUGUUUCCUCACUUUCUUCUUCUUCUUCUUCUUCUUCUUCUUCUUCUUCUUCCUCCUCCUCCUAUUCCUCCGUUACUUCUUUAUCUGCUUCCUUUCUCCUAUUUCCUCCUUUCUUCCUCUUCUUCUUCUUCUUCUUCUUUUCCUCCUCCUCCUAUUCCUCCGUUACUUUCUUUAUCUGCUUCCUUUCUCCUACUAUUUCCUCCUUUCUCCCUUCCUCUUCUUCUUCUUCUUCUUCUUCUUCUUUCCUCCUCCAUCCUAUUCCUCCGUUACUUCUUUAUCUGCUUCCUUUCUCCCUACUAUUUCCUCCCUUUCUCCUCUUCUUCUUCUUCUUCUUCUUAUUUUCCUCCUCCUCCUAUUCCUCCGUUACUUCUUUAUCUGCUUCCUUUCUCCUACUAUUUCCUCUUUCUUCCCUUCUUCUUCUUCUUCUUCUUCUUCUUCUUCUUUUUUCUCCUCCUCCUAUUCCUCGUUACUAA